UUUUUUUUCAGAAUCAAUAAUAUACUGCAUGUGCAAUCGUAUACAAAUAAUAGUGUAUGCGUAUCAACAAGCACUGCGGCGUAUUUAAUGAAUAUAAUGUUAUGUAUUUAUCAAAACAUUAGCAUAAUAUAUUUUUAUAUUGCGGCACAACAAAUAAUAAAUGAGAGUAAAACUCAACCGCCGGAAAAACGGUCGACGUUUAAUAAACAUAUACGUCCUACAUUUUUUCAAAUAACGUUUUAAUUGUAGAGUAAACACAAUGCAGCCAUAUUAUUAUAAUAAUAUUAUGUAUUACGUGUCCAAAAAAAUAUAUAGAUAGAUUACGUGAACGCACGACAAACAAAACACACGUAACGCAUAACAACAGAAAUGCAAUGUGGUAAUAUUCGUUAAGUAAUAAUAAUAACACUGUUUACUGUUCAUUAAAAAAAAUCUUCCCAGUGCAGAGUCACAAAUGGUUGCUCAUCAACAGCCUCCAACAAUGGUUCUGGAAAAACUACACUCUGUUCCUACGACAGAUUAUUAUUAAGUAUACAUUUUCACUUUUAUUUUCCUUUCCAUGUGUGACAUCCGCAUAUUGUUUCGUGUGCCAUAUAUAACCGCUGUAUUUACCUAUUUUCGAGACAUUACGAUUUUCAACACUCACGUCGCUGUGUUAUUUUAUAAUAAUAUUUGUCAUUUUCACUGCAGCUCUGCAAUGGUGUUCAAAUCGGUCGUAUACGUUUUGGCGUCUAUUCAACUGGUCGUUUGUGCGCUGCCCAACUCGUUUGAAAUUCCAUCCAAUGGAGUGCUACCGAACCCUGUAACGUAUUUUGAAGGCGUACAAAACGAGAAUAAAACAAAUUCUGGACGCCCACACGAGGCUAGAUUUGGAUACAUACCGUCAUCUUUUGGCGGAUCAUCAACUGGAAUGGGCGGAUAUCAAGGUAAUUCGGUCAGUAGCUAUGGAUCCAAUAAAAUUGAUAUAGGAGGUCUGGUUGUUGGCGCUGUCGUCGGACUUGGAAUUUUAAUUUUCAUCCCGAAAAUUCUUUACUUACUAUUUUCGACAACAAAUCUUUUUGGUGCUCAUCCAGUCGGCACCGGUUACACAGGAUAUGGAAGGAGUGAGGAUCUAAUGUCCGGUUUAAAUGGUAUAGUCACAAAGUUUGAAGAGUCCAUGUCCAAAUAUAAUAUAAAUACAACAGAAUGUAUGCAAAAAGCACUGUGCACUUAUAUACAGUCCACGGAACAAGUUAAAGAAAAAUCAGGAAUUAACAAUUUUGUAGACACUUCAAUUAAUACUUUAACACAGAACUCUGUAAUGAAUUUUAUGAUUGAUGGUUCGAGAUUCAAAGCAGCUCUUGAAGCCGGGAAGAAUGGAGAGUGUACGACUGCCUACAGACAAUGUCCAUUCGAUCAAAAUAGCAUUUAUAUGUUCUUAAGACAAAUUUCAACUAAAAAGUAAAUAAUGAGUAAAUUUUUUUUACAACAUUGCAUAUAAUAAUUGUAUCUAUAUAAUUUAAAUUAAGU